AUGUCACUUUUUAAUCUUGAUACUGAAAUUCCGUUUGAGGCCUAUAAGCGUACUAUUUACCAUCACGCUUACUCGUACACACACAGAAUGCGUGAUCCGGCACAAAUUUUUCGUAUAUCAAAGCUUGUGUUUAAUCGUGCAAAGCAAGAGUUCUAUAAUGGAAAAUUUGAUAUGGCAUUGUAUUUUGCACUCAGGACUGUGGCACUACUUGAUCAUAAAGAAACCUCCAUUGAUGUCCGAAAACACGAUAAAGGUGCCCGAUUAUUUAUUAAGGAGGUGAUGAACUUUGUUGAAAAUAUUUUAAGCGGUAGUGAAUUGAAUAAACAAUAUCAAGAAAUGAUCAAAAAAAUAAGGGACAAUGAGCCGGCACGCAAAAAAAUGAUUGCAUUGCAGAUGGAAACAGACACAAGUAUGACACUUGAAGAUAAUAGAAGCUUACAUAACUUGAGAAGGGAUCAACUUUUAGAUAAUGAAUGUGAAAAACUUCAUGAAUUUCGUAAUAAAUUAUUUGGUCUUAACUCAUUAACAAAUUCAUCACAACUACAAACAUCAAUUGAGGAUUCAUCUACUCUGUCACAAACCACAACUGUUGUACCAGAAGAGAAUAAUAUUUUUGAAAAGGGAAACAUCAGUAAUGUUGAAUAUUCACUACCUACAGGAUUAACUGAAACUUGUAUUCAUCCUUUAAAUAGUAGACCAGUAUUGUACAAAUGGUCGUUCAAUGCAUCUAAAGAUUCUUCAGCUAAGGGACGUGGAAUUGUUAAUAUUGGAAAUUCAUGUUACAUGAACAGUGUUUUGCAGGUAAUUAAUGUUACACCUCUGGCAAAGUUUUUUUUGCAGGACGACUACAUGGAGUUGUUUUCUAAUGUAGAUAACAAAAUUGUUAGAGUUGUGAACGCUUUUGCGUUUAUUAUACGCGAACUUUUUCAUACUGAAACUUCUUUUGCUAUCAGUGCGUCAACAUUAAAAGGUGCUAUUGGAGUAGUUUGUGAAACCUUUGAUAAUAAGAUUCAACAAGAUGCUAAUGAAUUUCUUCGCAUACUUCUCGAUAUGCUGCAUUCUGGGUUGAAUGAAAAUGAAGGCAAAAUUGUGAAAUUCUCAGAAAUUGAUAAUUGUAAAGGUACUGACGAGGAAUUAUCACGAAAAUACUGGUGGCAGUACUCCCAGAAGAAUUCAUCCAUUAUAACUACGCUUUGUGCAUUUCAAGAACGGAGUUGUAUUACGUGCCCUUUGUGUGAUAUGUCUAGUCGUUCCUUUCAAACAACCCUUGGUGUGGAAUUGCCAAUUAUAGAAGGAAACACUGUAUCAGUAGAAGAUUGCCUCAAUGCUUAUUGUGCAAAAGAGCUUCUCUCAAAUGAUUCUCUUUAUUUAUGUCCAAAGUGUAAUAAAAAAGUGAAUGCGACAAAGCAGCUUUCAUUUUUUUCUACACCGGAAGUUUUAUUUAUUACAUUGAAACGAUUUCGGAAAUAUGGGGAUUUUUCUAAUUUAGCAAAAAUAAAUUCUGAGGUUUUCUUUCAACGUAGCCUUGAUCUUUCACCAUUUAUCUCUUCAAAUUUUUCCAAGACGAAAUUUUCAUUAGCGGGUAUUAUUAAUCAUCAAGGAAAUGUGCAUGGGGGUCAUUAUACCUCCGACACUAUUGGCAAUGAUAAUAUUUGGUUUAACUUUAGUGACGAAAGGGUUACUGUUGCAAAUAAUCCCGAUUUUCGACAGGCAUACAUUCUUUGCUAUUUGAGAAAUUAA